AGAGUGCCGUGUGGGUGAAGACGAGAACCCAAUAAAAGACACGAAGACAGAAAGAAGUGUCCGAGUCCUUUUAUUACAAAUAUAUGAAUAAGUGUCGACUUAUAAGUCAUGUGUUACUGUGUAAAUAUGCAUUCCUCUGUGCAUCGAUACUAACGUGGAUAUAACUUUUUUUCUGUCUGCAGCUGUCGCUUCCUCUGUCGAAUUUGUCUGAUGGAGCAAAGGCACUCGGCGAAGCUCGGUACGACAAGGAAACAAUGCGACCGGUGUGCAUACAGCACGGAUUAUACUGGAAAUUUGACACGGCACCAGAGAACUCACACAGGAGAGAAUCCCUUCAAGUGCAGUGUGUGUGGGAAGGCGUUUUCAGAUUCAUCUACUCUUGUAAAACACCAGAAAACACACACGGGAGAGAAACCCUUCAAGUGCAGUGUGUGUGGGAAGGCGUUUUCAGAUUCAUCUACUCUUGUAGCACACCAGAGAACACACACGGGAGAGAAACCCUUCAAGUGCAGUGUGUGUGUGAAGGCGUUUGCACAGUCAUCUGCUCUUCAAAGACACCAGAGAACACACAAGCAUCAGAAGAUCCACAAGGAGUGGAGUCUGAAAUCAGUUUGUGAAAGUCAAAGUGCUGCAAUGAUCCCAUCCCUCAUCAAACAAAAACCGGAAGAAAAUCCCAGCUUGGACACUUUUAAAGGUAUCGAGGUGAAAUAUGAAGAGGUGAAGGUGAAAUGUGAAGAAGAGAUGGUGAAGAGCGAAGAAGUGAAGGUGAAAUGUGAAGAAGUGAUGGUGAAGAGCGAAGAAGUGAAGGUAAAAUGUGAAGAUUCAAUUCCAAAAUCAGACCUUCACAUCGAUGGAGUCAACAUGAAGCAGGAGGAGAAUUCUGACUGUGAGGCAGAGCACGGCAACUCCCAGCAGAUUGUGGAAGUGGAGGUGUGGGUGGACUUCCUCUGAGACAGUACAAAGUCAAAUGGAGACCCGGUAGAUGUAUAAGCUUGAGACGAUGUCGCUCUAAGUUAUGCACUUUUGUCACAGGCCUUUAAUGACAAUAAUGUGAAGUUGAACACUCAAUUCCUAGGUUGAACCUGCAGAGUAAGAGCGGCCAGUCUUUGUGGACCUGUGGGUUUGGUAGAUCUCUAACCAGGAGUGGGAGCCAAUAAGCUCCCAAGCAUUCGCUAUGUUAUUAAUUGCAUUUAUAUGGUGCUUGCUUAAUUGCCUCGGCAUUUCGGAUUUUUGUAUCGUAUCUCGGCUCAAACACUCGAAGAGCAUAUCCAAGUAGCAGCUGCCCCUGUGUGGCACAAGGUGGUGGCCCUGAACCGGCCUGCAUGUGGACAAGAGCCUGUCAGUAGAGGGCGAUGGUUGAUGUGGCAUCUCAGUUGUGGAGUUUGUAAUGUUUGGAAUUUGCUCAAUUUUGACCCAGACACCAGCAUGCAAAGGCCUACUCGUUUCGAAAGUAUGUUGUACAUACACUGUUAAGCAGACGGUGAAUAUUUUUUGAAAUAGCUUGUUAAAACAAUGUAACCUGGUGCAGCAUAUUUCAGUGCAGUAAUUCAAUUUUGUUAAAAUUACUCAAUAAUUUUGAAUAAAUACCUGUCUUAUUGUGUGCGUACAUGUAACAAUUUGUUU